AUGGAGAAGCUGGCGACCAGUCUCCACGAUAUUCUGGAUCCUGAGCCUCCACCGCCGACCAAGCCCUUUGUGCCUGUGUCUCUAAAAUGUUCCGUUCGUCAUGACGUGGCCCGAGGGCUCUCGUUCUUACAGAGCCAUUCGCCGCCCAUCAUCCACCGCGACUUUUCGGCCAGAAACGUUCUCCUGAACGAGGGGAUGGUGGCCAAGAUAGCGGACCUGGGCAUGGCUCGCAUCGUGCCGAAUUCUGCGAGCUUCCACCAUAACUAA